CUCUCCCCUACUCCAUCACCACUCCGACUCUCCGUGAGAGAGACGGAGAGAGAGAGGUGGAUGUCAGUCAGCCGGCCGGCCUCCCGUUGCCAUGGCAGCAGCUCUGCCAGCGUGUUACCACGGGCCCAUGAGCAAGGCAGAGUGCGAGCAGCUGCUGGGCAGGAAGAACAAGGACGGGGCUUAUCUGAUCCGGGACAGCGAGACCAUCGUGGGAGCCAUGUGUCUCUGUGUCUAUAAACAGAAGGUGGUGUUCACGUACAGAGUGCUCCAGACCCACGAUGGAAACUACACACUGCUGACGGCCGGAGGUGUGCAGGAGGUACAUUUCAAGAGUUUGGACGAUCUGAUUCGUAAUUACAAGAGGAAGAACCAGGGUCUGGCCAUACAUCUGCGUCACGCCGUCAAGAGGAAGACUUCCCUGCUGAUCCGGCCCCCAAGGCCCCCUGAAGCUCCUCCAGGGGCCCAGGCUGGAACCCAGGCUGGAACCCAGGCUGGAAUCCAGGCUGGAAUCCAGGCUGGAAUCCAGGCUGGAAUCCAGGCUGGAAUCCAGGCUGGAACCCAGGCUGGAAUCCAGGCUGGAACCCCAGCAGGUCACAUGCCUCCGAGGGGCCGCGCCCCUUCACCUGACCAGGAAAACGUCUAUGAAAAUAACCCUUACUCGGAUUACGUGGAGGUCCUUCCUGACGAACAGUUCCAACUUUGAAGACCGACCGGGACCGUUGUCAGAGGAACGGGGGACGUGAAGUCGAGGGGAGGCGGACUCUUUCCCAGAAUCACGAUGUACAUACCGGGACAUUUUAUGUUCAUGAUAAAUCUUUGUUGUUGAAGUUUUAUGUUCUGAUUUUUAUCUUCAGCAGUUGUUUACUCGCUUACAAAGCUCAGAGGGCGUUACAUAUGCAGGUUUGAAUGAGAAGGUGUGUCCAAACAUUUGGUCUAUACUCUAUGUAAAUAUAUAUAGCCUAUAUAUAUCUGUACAGGACUGUCUCAGAAAAUUAGAAUAUUGUGAUUUUCUGUAAUGCAAUUACAAAAACAAAAAUGUCAUACAUUCUGGAUUCGUUACAAAUCAACUGAAAUAUUGCAAGCCUUUUAUUAUUUUAAUAUUGCUGAUCAUGGCUUACAGCUUAAGAAAACUCAAAUAUCCUAUCUCAAAAAAUUUGAAUAUUCUUGGAAUGUUAGCCAUAAUCAGCUAUUUUAAAAUAAUAAAAGGCUUUGUUGUGCAACUCAGGUAGCUUGGCUGUCCAGUUAUCGAAGGCUAAUGAUAAUUCUAUUAAAGAAUUAUUAAUAAUUAAUAAAGUCGACUAUUUAUCAAAUUGAAUUAUCAAAAUGAUAAUAAUUCUCGUAGGGGCACCACCCCCGGGGCCUUAAUCCGGGGGAAAAUGAUAACUAAACAGCAGAAAAUCAGUCUCAUAUGAUUUAGGAUUAUCCUGCAUAACAGUAAAUCUUACUAUCACUUACAGAAUAACAAUUGAAGGAGUGCAAUUCGAGCACUGGCUCUGCUGAACAAUCAGUUUGUGACCAAAUCUUAUAUGAAAUAACAACAACCACUCAUUAAAAAUCAAUCAGGAUUUAUUUACAUAUAGGUGUCAAAAGAUGGUAAAGUAACACCCCGGAUGAAUCCUGAUGGCAAACUACCUUAUUAUAAAACCAUUAAUUAAGGAAAACAACAAUCAAUAAAAAUGAAAUGAAAGUUAAAUGCAUGGAAUGAAAAAAAAAGAGAAUCAAAUGUAAUAAACAUGGUAUCAACGAACAUGUACGGUUCAACAACAUGGGUGGAAGAUGGCUGCCGUAUUUUAAAGAUGGCGGAACUUUAACCACGCCACUUGCAAUUAGAACGGGUGGUGAUCCCGGUGUUUAAACCGUGAUCAACUGGCGAAACGGCGCUUUAAACAUGAAUGACUAGCAGAAAGUGGUGACUACAAAUUAAUGACAACAGUCAUGAUAAUGAUGUAAUCUCAGCUCUGAACACAGAUUUAGCUCUGUAACACUCCCAGUUAAACUCAUACACCCAGGUCCCAAAACCUCACGCCUCCUCGGGUCUCCGGGUCCCGAUCAGGGGUUCCUGCCGGGUCUUUUGGUCGGAGUCUCCAACCCAAGAGGUCUCCCGCCUCUACCGCUCCUCCUCCUGACUCUGGAAUCAAAACAGGACGGUGAUGCAGCAUGAAGCAGCCGGCGCUCCCCCCCCGGUCCGGCGGCUAUCACGUCGUCUCGGGUGCGCGCGGGGCCGGUCCACUUCUGGGA